AUGACUUACUGGUAUCCGCCGUCAUACUACAAUCAUUUCAUUGAGCAUCCAAUAUUGUGGAGUAACGAAAAGCGUCGCUGGGAAGAACGAAAGUUGGCUCGUGAAUGUUUUCAAGUGUGGCAAACGCAAAAGCAAAUAGAGCAUAGUGAAAAACUUAAGAAUCAAGCGGAGUCACCUCGAAAUUCCUUCACAUUGCCAAGAACGAAUGCUUCGCAGAAGGCAAAAUACUAUACGCCGGGUAUGUCAAACGCGAUAUCAGGUGGAAGUGGAGCUCCCAUCGUUUCAGAGUCGGGAAAACUUUUGGUUCCAUUGCACGAAGAUCCCAACAUAACAUUUAAAGAUUCAACGCGUAAUUACGUGGAUAAGGAUUUAAGAUAUCGUAAAACAACAUCGGAGAAGACAGCAUAUAGGCAGGAAUUGGAUAAAAUUGUUGAGGAGAAGCAAAGGCUGAAGUUUAAUGAGAAAUUUGGAAUUUCGCCAAAUCGUAAUCAAAACAGUCUUGAUCCGUUUUCGGACAACUGGGGGAAGCCUGGGCCGGGUGGAACACCAUGGAGGGAUCCAAAGAAUGUUGGUCAAAAUUUCAUGAAAUCUAUGGGAUGGACAACAAAAGACACGCUCAAGUCUAUCAACAAUGAAAUGAACUUCCCAAAACAGCAGCAGCAGUCAAUACAACAGCCCUAUUCAAAAUGUAAACCACAAGCCGGAGGUCAAACGUCAUGCUGCGAUCGAUGCUCAUGUGAAUGUGUAAGAAAAAUCGAAAGUACAAUAUUGAGAAGUCCAGGAAUAGCAAAAGAGAAUGAUGAACCAGUCAGAAAAUCACCAAAAAAGGCACCACAUUAUGCACUUCCACAGCAAUGUAAUAGACAGGAGCGUUUAGAGCCAUUACAACAAAUUUCACAACAGUCUUCCAAAAAUGCAAAGCCACAGCCUGUAAAAAAGCUAUCAAAGACAAAUCUUAUUAGUGGCGGUGUUGAAUUAGUUCCACUACUUGCCAAGAGACGUGAAGAUCGUCCAAUAUCGUUGUCUACUACGGACAUAACAAAGUACAAAAUCAAUAAAAGUAGCGGGCAGGAUGGAAAUCCAGAAUACUUAAGUGACUUGGAACGUCAGAUAAUUAAUAGGAAUCGAUUACGUCAGCUCUCAAAAGAACGUGACAUUGAAAGCUGUCGAGAACAUUUUGCCAAUUUUGAUCGGUUUUGGGGACGUCCAGGAUGCGGAGCACCACAACAGAACAAGAACAAAAUGAAUUUGGACAAUUUGCUUUACAAUGCGCCAAUGUUCGAGAUCUAUCAACACGAAUAUUAA